UUUGAUGCUUAUCUUGUUCCAUAGCAAUAAUUUAGAGACCAUAUUUAAACCAGUCUGAUUACUUCAUCCGGUAACGAGCAUUUGCAGUCAGACACAUUUUCUUGGUUUGAAAUUGAAUCGCUUGUAAUCGUAUACCAUGUCGGGCAGAGGUCGUGGUAGGAAACGCCGGGCGCAGGAGGCAUUACCACCCAUCGAUGGACCCACAGAUUCGGGGGAAUCGGAUGUGUGGGUAAUAGGCGAUUCCAAUCCAUACUGGGCGUCACAACUCUAUUUGACGGGAAAUGUACCAAGGCUCGAACAGCAAGUUGCUUGGCAUUGUUACAGGGGAGCAGGCUGGGGGGAUUUGCGCAAGGAAAUUGAAAUGGCGGUGUUAUUUAACAACGCCCCUAAGGUUGCUGUCAUCCAUCUGGGUGGAAAUGACCUCAAGGUUCCCCUUAAGGACCUCUUAGACAUCAUGUGUGCUGAAAUCCGCUACCUCCGGGAUGCCUGGCCUGAGACAAUCCUCAUAUGGACCGACAUCCUGGACCUGGGUAGCUGGGAUCUACAAGACAGACGCAAGAUGAGGAGAGUCAAUCGCUUCGGUCGUGUGGAGGUGUCGUCCACAGGCAAGUCGGACUACUGGCUGCCGGACAUCUCCGCCGACGAGCAGGGUUUUUUCCGCCCGGAUGAUUUGCAAUGUCGCUAGAUAUUCUAGACGGGGUCGAAGAGGAAGUUUCGCUCUUCAAUCAUGAAGAAAGGCCAAACUGGCCUAUGACACCAACGAAGUGUAAUUCGUGCGAUGCCGGCCCGUACAACGGUCACAGUUCAUACCAGAGGCACUGGGCCAUGAAGCACAAUGCAACUGUGACUAUUUAAAGUGCAUAAAUAUCCGGGUCAGCUGACAUCCAAGACCAUCCCGAACAUCCAUUAUAUGGAUCCUAAGGGCAUCCUACCUUAUAAGGUAGAUCAUAGGCAACGGCUGCGCCAGAAGAGGAAGCAGACAGAGGUGGCCCCAGACCUAACCACCGAGCGAGCCGAUUGUCGGGAUGAAGAAACCACCUUUGAUGAAGAGCGAAACGUUACAGGGAAAAAAUUCAA